AUGGCGGUGGCUCCUGGACCUGUGACCCCUGGGCAGGUGUCAUUUCUUCUUGGAAUCAUUCCAGUCAUUGUUGCAUGGCUGUACUCUGAGUGGUUGGAAUAUAAGAAGUCACCAUCCCCGUCUAAAGUUCAUUCAGAUAAUAAUUUGGUUGAACUGGAGAAUGAAACAAUCAAAGAAGAUGAUAGGGCAUUGUUGUUAGAAGGAGGUCUUUCAAAAUCUGCAUCUUCGAAGUUGUCCACUCCAUCCGUUAAAACCAACUUAAUUAGGUUUCUUUCAAUGGAGGACUCAUUUUUACUUGAAAAUCGAGCACUAUUAAGAGCGAUGUCCGAAAUAGGGGCUAUUCUGUUCUAUUUCUACAUAUGUGACCGUACAAAUUUUUUUGCAGAUUCCUCCAAGAGCUACAACCGUGAUCUUUUCCUUUUCCUAUACAUUCUUCUUAUCAUAGCUUCUGCAAUGACUUCUCUCAAGAAACACCAUGACAAGUCAGCAUUUUCUGGAAAAGCCAUAUUGUAUCUUAAUCGCCAUCAGACAGAAGAGUGGAAAGGAUGGAUGCAGGUUCUAUUUUUAAUGUAUCAUUACUUUGCUGCAACUGAGAUGUACAACGCAAUUCGCAUUUUUAUUGCUGCGUAUGUCUGGAUGACUGGUUUUGGAAACUUCUCCUAUUAUUACAUCAGAAAGGAUUUUAGUCUUGCUCGAUUUACUCAGAUGAUGUGGAGGCUUAACUUUUUUGUGGCCUUCUGUUGUAUUGUUCUUAACAAUGACUACAUGCUGUACUAUAUCUGCCCAAUGCACACGCUGUUCACUCUCAUGGUGUACGGGGCCCUUGGUAUUGGGCAUAACUAUAACGAGAUAAAAUCAGUGAUGGCUUUGAAAUUUUUUAUGUGCUUUGUUGUGGUUAUCUUGAUAUGGGAAAUCCCUGGAGUUUUUGAACUUGUCUGGAGUCCUUUCACUUUAUUCUUAGGGUAUACUGAUCCUGCAAAGCCAGAUCUUCCUCGACUGCAUGAGUGGCAUUUUAGAUCUGGGCUUGAUCGUUACAUAUGGAUCAUAGGAAUGAUCUAUGCCUAUUUCCAUCCCACUGUAGAAAAGUGGAUGGAGAAAUUGGAGGAGUCUGAAACCAAGCGUAGACGCACAAUCAAAACAUCUAUUGUUGCAGUUGCCUUGAUUGUUGGCUAUUUAUGGUAUGAAGGUAUAUACAAGCUGGACAAGGUUACAUACAACAAGUACCAUCCCUACACAUCAUGGAUACCCAUAACCGUUUAUAUUUGCUUGCGGAAUUUCAGCCAGCAUAUCCGGAAUUUUUCUUUGACCCUUUUUGCGUGGCUUGGCAAAGUUACUUUGGAAACGUAUAUUUCCCAGUUCCACAUCUGGCUGAGAUCAAAUAUACCUAAUGGACAACCCAAAUGGCUACUCUCUUUCAUCCCAGAGUAUCCUUUGCUUAAUUUCAUGCUCACAACUUCCAUUUACAUCUUGAUCUCAUAUCGGAUUUUUGAACUGACCAACACGUUGAAAUUCCUCAUUAAUCGGUCCGAAAAUUUAAAAGUGGUAGAUGCUCAGUAG